GGCAGAGCUCAAACCGGCGACACCAUUGGCCGCCACUACUGUCCGUCAUGGGGUGAUUACCAAUCGAUAUGUCCAAUCGGUACAGGCCGCGGGGGCGGAGCCUGGACCCGCGGUAUUAGAUUCCCCGUUGUUGGGCGAAGAAAAUCGAAAUAUCAGAAGAAUGAUUUACCUCGGGAUGGCCGAUAAAUGACGCUGCGGACGGAGCCGCGCACAGGCUGGCGAUAUAAUCGCACCUGACCGAGGGGCGCUUACCGAUACCUACCGAUUCGAUACCGAUACCUGAAGAGAACGGAGGAGGGGGAAGGGCGGGGAAACUGCUGAUCGGACCAUCCCCGCCCUGGGGCUUCAUCACUCGCCCCGGAUCGAGGGAACAAUCGGAACGGACAUUGCCGAUUAUCCCGAUACUGCAGGUGCCUGGACGUUAGUCACACCAUGCAGGCCGCAGAAGAGGCCUGUGCUCAGCUGGAAGACGAGUUGCUCUUCUGUGAGGAUUGCCGCUUGUACUUUAGAGACUCCUGCCCACAACAUGGAGCGCCAACGUUUAUCCUGGACACUCCUGUUCCAGAAAAUGUACCAUCCCGUGCUCUGCUUUCUCUGCCGGAAGGACUGGUGGUCAAGGAAAGAUCCCAGGGAGGGUUCGGUGUUUGGUGUACAAUUCCGAUCAUUCCACGGGGCUGCAUAUUUGGUCCAUACGAAGGGGAUAUCUUGGUGGAGCGGAACGAGUGCACCAUUUACUCAUGGGCGGUCCGAGACAACAAAUCUUAUUUUUAUAUUGAUGCCAGCGAUGACUCCAAAAGCAGUUGGAUGAGGUACGUGGCCUGUGCAUCAACAGACGAAGAGCACAAUCUCACAGUGUUUCAGUACCGGGGAAAAAUCUACUAUCGUGCCUGCCAGCCUAUUCCCUCAGGUACAGAGCUGCUGGUGUGGAUCGGGGAGGAAUACGCCAGGACUCUAGGUCUCAAAUUAGGUGAACAUUUUAAGUAUGAGUUUGGUGAGAAGGAACUUCUAAUGAAACUCUUCCAAGACUUGCACCUAAAGACGCACGAUUCCAUGUCGAAUCACAUGUCAACUCGAAGUCAGUACCUCUGCAAUGAUAUGGUCACUCCUAUAAUGCAGUCACAUAAACAAACUUACCCAUUGAACAAUAUAGGUCACUCUUCAUCUGGCUUCCAGCUGCUUGAGGGAACCCAGAAUUUAGUGAGCCUCGGUCGAGCCCAGAGCCGUUAUUGGACUUUUUUUGGUUUCCAAGGAGAUGCGUAUGGACGAAUCAUUGAUAAAACUAAGAUUAUUUGCAAACUGUGUGGCGUUCGGCUUUCAUACAGUGGUAACACUACUAACUUGAGGCAGCAUCUUAUAUAUAAACAUAGACGGGAGUACAAUGAAUUAGUGGGAACACAGGGGGCGGUAGUGGACCCACAGAAAAAUGUUGACUCCGCCUCUCCCCGUGAACUGGCCUCUAGGGCUAUAGUGGCUCCGACAGUGGGCAGAACAACCAAGGCUGUGGCUGAUUUUAUUGUCCGUGAUCUGAUGCCAGUUGAAAUAAUUGAAGGAGAAGGCUUUAACCAAAUGCUGUCUAUUUUGGAUCCCAACUACAAAUUACCAGCCUCCUCUUUCUUAGCUCAUACAAUCCUGCAGGAGAUGCACAUUCAGUCCAAGUUAAAAGUGGUGGAACUGGUGAAAAAUCUACAAGAAUGCUCUGUUAGCCUUGACCUAUGGAAACACAGCGGCUCUUUGUCCUACCUCACGCUCACUAUCCAUUACGUAGACGAAGGAUUUGAAACCAGGAAUGUGGUGCUAUCCAGUAGGGUGGUUUCAGAAGAUCUUUCUGAAGAAAGCCUGAAAUUAGUUCUUCUUGAUGUUGCAGAUGAAUGGGGGAUACGUGAAAACACAUUCUAUGCAGUGGGACUCAAUAGCCCAUCCGUAAAAAUAGCCACUUCAAAAGUGGGUUGGAAAUCUCUCCCAUGUGUGGGACAGGUGCUGAGAAGCUGCAUUGAAGCUAUACUUCAACAUAAUACUAUUCAAGCCACCCUUGAUAGAUUCCGAAGACUGAUUGCCACUAUUUUCUCCUCGGCUGCUCAAAACGAGGAGUUAACCACGCAUGGACCUGUGCUGAAGGUUCAUCUGAAAAUGUUCUUACGGGACGGCACAAAGUGGUACAGCAUCUAUACUUUAUUGCAGAGCAUUGUUGACCAUUCCAAGUUUUUUAAAGGCCUCAUUGAGACGUUACAUGGAGACUGUAUCGUUCUGCAGCCGGAGGACUGGUCCAUUCUCCAAGACGUUGUAGACAUUCUUAAACCUUUAUCUAUCGCUACCUCAACAUUUACCAAAGAUCAAUUUGCUGGGUUAUCACUGGUGAAACCUGUGAUAACCAGUCUGUUGUAUAAACACUUGGCACCUAACGAGUGGGAUUCUGAUUUCUCCAAGAACAUUAAAAGGGCCAUACAUGAAGAGUUGAAUUUUAAGUAUUCCGACUGUGAUGUCAAUCAGGUUCUCAACUUGGCAUGUGCCUUGGACCCUCGUUUCCGUGGCCUUGACUUCCUCAGCCAACCGGACCGCGUGGAGACCCUUCAUUUACUGAAACUGGAAGCUUCAAAUCUGGCAAAAACACAGCCAACUGAAUCUAUUUGUGUUACACCUGAACCUCAUAAUGUAAGGCCACCGGCCAAAAAAAACAGACAGGACUCUGGAAUUGAGUUCCUAUUGGGAGACUUGUGUAAUGUGAGAAAUUCAUCAGCUAGCACAAUUAACCAACAGGCAGAACAAGAGAUUAGCAGCUUCCAGACUAGCGAGGCUUCUUCUUUAUGCCAGGACCCAUUGCAGUGGUGGAAAAUGCACUAUACUCAGUACCCACUUUUGGCCCGGGCAGCACGUAAACUGUUGGCCAUCCCUGCCACCUCUGUGCCCACAAACUGGUUGUUUACAGACGCUGGUAUGGCCGUGUACAGAAAACGCUCAGCUCUAACUGCAGAGCAUGUAGAUAUGCUAGUCUUUCUCAAUGGAAAUAGGUUAAUUAUUUGAACUAGUGCUGGUGGUCCUUCACGUUUGUGCCUCUCCUAGCUCCAACUUAGCCACCCUUUGCAAGUGGCCCAUCAAAUAUCCUCCAGGUCUGAUCUAGUGCUUCCACUGCUUUCCUUGAAGAGGGCAAGCUAAAUGAUCCUUUAUCCAAACCAGUGUCUGUAGCCUAAAUAGCCAGUACAUUACUGUCCAUAAAGAAAAAAAAAAAGAAAAGAAAAGAAAUCAGAAUUUCAUUGCAAUUUGAAUUUACGUUUUUCUACCAGCAUGGUGGAAACCUAGACUCUACUGCAGGUAUAAUUUUGUUGGAAAUUGUGAUGGAAUCUAUUUAGGUAUUAGGAGUUUGCAUAUAUUCGUGUUCCCUAACUGACAGUAUUUUUAUUGCUGCGCGCAGAAAUCGGUUUCCCUAUUUAUUGGGUUUCUGGAAAUGUUUGUUAGCAGUGUUUGUUCAGUCCAGCAGUCCAUAUGUAUGGCAUAUAUAUGGGUAAAGUCUACAGUAAUGGCCAUGUAAUAGUGCUUACCCAAGCAUACAGGUAUGGAAGUUUCUGUCUGGCAACCUGUUCUCAAAAAGUUCCCAGAAAGGAUAAAGUAAAAAAGUACAGCUUCGUAAAGAUUAUGCCAUGUUGAUAGACUGCCUCUUUAUACUGUCACUGUGAGGAGCAGUGCUAAACAAUGUACUGGGGUAUGGGGGCAUUUGUGGUAAAGGCAGGCCUCACAUGUAAAAUGUUCUUUUGUCUUUUUUCCAGAAUUUGACAUAAAAAUCCAUUAUCUGGAGAUCCCAUACAUGUAUUACCUCAUUACCAAUACCAAUCCCUCUCUUAACUACCUGGAAUAUCCCCUUGUAAGAAAGGAAAUAACUCUUGGGCGCAGGUUGGCUAGAUUAAUCUAUAUUGAAUACCUAAUAUCUGUCUCUCUAUGGGCCUUAUUCUGAGGUGGGAGUAAAACAAAAAAGAGCAAGUAAUGUUACACCUGGGGAAACUGUUCUGCAAUGUAAGGG